AUGCGCUCGGCGCUCUCUCGCCUCUGCCUGCCCACCUCCCUCCGGGAAGCAUCUGCGCUCAAAACCUCGGCCCUGAGGCCUCGACUCGGCUGUUGGAGGCUGAGUUCAAAAAUGGGCCGUCGCUCCUCGGACACAGAAGAAGAGAACAGAAGCAGAAGGAAGAAGAAGCACCGCAGGCGUUCGUCGUCAAGCAGCUCCUCAGACAGCAGGACGUACAGCCGUAAGAAGUCUGGGAGGAAGUCGAGGUCGAGGUCCCGCUCCCGGGACGCGCAGUCACGUUCACAUUCGUAUGAGAAAAGGCGCAGGCACAGAUCGAGCAGUAGCUCUUCCUAUGGCUCCAGAAGGAAACGCAGUCGCAGCCGAUCGAGGGGCAGAGGGAAAUCCUACAGGUCUCAAAGAUCGAGGUCAAAAAGUAGAACGAGGAGAUCGCGCUCGAGACCUCGGCAGCGUUCCUAUAGUCGGAGCAGUGAAAGAUCCAGUCACAGGAGGACUCACAGUGGGUCUCGUGAAAGAGAGCGGCGUAAAGGCAGAGAGAAAGAAAAAGUGAAGGAGAAAGGCAAAGGCAAAGAGAAGGAGAUGUGUGGCACGAAGCUGGGGGAUGCUGGAAACAUCAAAGCUGGAUUAGAACAUCUGACUCCUGCAGAGCAGGCCAAGGCUCGAUUGCAGCUGGUGCUGGAGGCGGCGGCUAAAGCAGAUGAAGCCUUAAAGGCUAAAGAGAGAUGUGAAGAAGAAGCGAAGAAGAGGAAGGAAGAAGACCAAGCCACCCUGGUAGAGCAAGUGAAACGAGUGAAAGAAAUUGAAGCUAUUGAAAGUGACUCCUUUGUUCCACAGACAUUCAGAUCAAGUAAAGAAGUCAAAAAGUCAGUAGAGCCUCCCGAACUAAAGUACGAACCUGUAACUAUAGGAGCAGGAUCUGAAGCAUCUGCCCCCGAAAAAGAAACAGUGCCUGCCAGUAUUCCUACUGCCAUCAAAUACCAGGAUGAUAAUUCUUUAGCACAUCCAAAUCUGUUCAUUGAGAAGGCAGAAGCAGAAGAGAAGUGGUUCCAGAGGCUGAUUGCUCUGCGGCAGGAAAGGCUGAUGGGCAGUCCGGUGGCCUGAGCAAACUGCUGCAGCCAUCCAGUAUGAGUUCUGUGAGCGCUGUGAAAUCCCACCGCCAGAUUGUUCUGUUUUUGUCUUUUGAGAGGGUUUUAAUAGUCAGUAGGAGUUGUACAGAGAAUAAAUAUUUCAUCUGAAUACACGUAACGUUCCAUCCUGUGCUUUUUCCCUAGCGCAUUGCUGCGUUACUUGGGUUGCUGAGAAGGGAAGGCUCUGAUAGCCGUGUAAUUUGCUUUUUUUUAAUACUGGAUUCCCCUUGGGUGCAGACUUGACAGCCCAAGGAGACGCAAUUUUAUACUUCCCAAUCCCCCCAAAAUAUAUAACCAUGUAGCAGUUUAAAGAUAAAUGAAAAAAAAUAAGACUGUCAAAGAAAGUUCAGAUUUACCAAUGCUCAGACAGUUGCAGUACAAAUGAUACCACCCUGGGCCAUUAGAUCUUUUGCAGCUGAAGAGGAUUCAGGGCAAAUUAUAUUGCUGUUAUCUCUUCUUCCUUCCACUCAGCCGUACGGGAGCAGUGUUUGAAUCCUGAACAUCUGUGGGCAGUCUCACUGCCGAGGGGCCUCCUGAAUUGAUGCUCUCGCCUGCCUGCCUCUCACCUCCUACCUCGCUUUUGGUGGUCUUGAGUGGAAAGAAAUGCUGUUCCAAAUUUUCCUGAGUGUCUACCCACUGCUGUCAGCAUCUUGGAGUUUAUUUAAGGAAAAACGAUGUUAUUCUUUUAAAUAAACGUGUUACAUUUUCAGCA